GGCCAGCCCAGCAGACUGAUUCUGAGGCCAGCUGUGGCAUGACCAUCCCGCUCUCUGCGAGGCCCUUCAACUUGCUGCUCUCCCUGAAAUCUUCGUGCUACUCCUUCGUCCAGGACACUUGGAAUAAGUACAUGGCCAGCUUUUGGGAGGGCAGCUCAGGGGAAGACCAGGAGGAUGCCAGGGAGGAGAAGACCAGAGAGAAAGAUCAGUUCCAAGGUCACCACAAAUCCCAGGCCCAGCACCCAGGGUACACAGGUCUGAUCAACCAGGGUGCCACCUGCUACCUGAACAGCAUCCUGCAGUGUCUCUUCUUCACGCAGGAGCUUCAGGACGCUGUCCGCAGAUGCGAGGACCAGGGGGAGUCCAGCCUCGUCACACAGCUGCGCAGGCUCUUUGAGGCCCUGGAGGAGACCCAGGGACCCGUGUCCACCACCACCAUUACCCGCUGCCUCGAGCUCAGGGAUGUGCACCGCCAGGAGGAUGCCCUGCUGUGCUUCCACAUGCUGUUGACCAGGAUGACUGCUGAGCAGAGGGAGCUGGGGCAGUUCUUCCAGAUGACCCUGGAGCAAGUGAUCCAGUGCCAGCGCUGUGAGAACAAGACGCAGCUGGAGGAAGCCCGGCUCUUCCUCGUCGUGCCUGUCCUGCAAGGAACCCCUGGCACCCCGUGCUCCCUGGACAAGGCUGUGGAGGGGCUGUUCCAGAAGGAGUGGUUCAUAGGGGACAACCAGUACUUCUGUGACGAGUGUGACCGCAAAGAGGACGCCUGCUCGGACGAGAACUCUUAUGACCUCUUUGCCGUCUGUCACCAUUUGGGGGAUGUCACAGGAGGCCAUUACCUGGCCGACAUAAAGCCUUCCAAGGACCACCGCUGGUACAGGUUUUCAGAUCACACUGUGGAGCUCACCACACAGCCAGCUGAGUACGGAACUGUGUACAUGUUGAUGUACCACCAGGGGGAUUGCCGGGUCUCGGCACUGUCAGCGGGACCCCUUCCCAAUCAGCCGGGCCCACCUGAAGCCCCCACUGCGGAGCCUGAGUGUGAGCCUGAGACACUGGGAGAGCCUCUCUUGGGCAGCGACACCUUUUCUGAGUCAGAAAGUCACUAACUGAAGACAAGAGCUGCUGCACAAAUAUAAAAGCCAAUCUACGACGAUGCCACCCUGAGUCUCUGUCCUGGGUCUCAGACACCCCCUCCCCUUGGACCCUCCAGGAGGAGAGACUUGUCCAAGAACGGUGGGAUGUGCUGGGAUCCUCCUGCCUGGGGGCACGUGUCAGGGCCCCCAUGUCCCCGAUGCUCCUGCAGCCUCCCUUCAGGCCUUCACAGGUGACGCUGUGGCAUCCAGGCCAGGGGGACAUGAGCCUCUGGGGUGAGGACAGCUCUUCCCAGAGGAGGCUGACAGACCCCACUGCCCACCAUGUUCCGUCCCUCUGGGUGGGGAACGGCUGGGGGCUGGGGUGUGAAGGGUCCUCAGGGAGACGCUCUCUGCCUUGUUUCUGGAUCCUCUGAGUUUGUGUCUCAUGGACCUUUUCCUUGGCUUCUGCCAAUAAAACGUCAGGAAAAAGACA